GACAAUAUGGGUAAUAUGAGUAUAUAUAGGUUUGAAUAAACACCCACUCAUUUUCCCCCCAAAUUCAGUUAUAGAUUCUUUCACCUGGUUUGCCGGUUGGCAGUCACCUCUGUAGGUGCCAGGGGCUCCCAGGACUCGAGGAGCGGCCCGUAUUGAACGCCCCAUUCCAGCCUCCCUGGGGGAGACCCCUCCAGAGCCUUUCCCUCCCCGCGUGGCGAGGCCGCCCGCGCAGGGAUCCCAGUUCGGUGCCUCUCCACGGUUCCCCUCAAUGUCCCAGGCCCCAUCGCAGCCGCCAGCGUUCCUUCCUCUUCCUGGGCCACAAUCUUGGCGUUCCGGGAUUGGCUUUACCCCGUACCAGCAGGAACCCGUCCAGGAAGAUCUCUCGAGGGGACCUCGAGCACCACAUGCGACCCUCAAAGCCCAAAUCUCCUUUCCCGCCUCACUGGGCCACGGCGCCAGGAGCCAGGCAGGCGAAGCGCAGCCUCCGGUGCUCUAAGGCCCCAAAUGACCGAUGGCUCGCCGUCACCGAGGACUAGGAGGCCCCCGGGUCAAACCUGGGGCCACUCCGCCGCUCCUCGGCUGCUGUCUGGGAGGAAGUGUAGCAGUUUGUGGCGUCCAAGGCAAUGCGUCGCAGCAGCUCCAAGAGUGGAGUCGUCCUGGCUGCAGUGGCUAGAGGUCCUGAAGCUUCUCAGAUGCUCACCAGAGCCCAGCUUGGCCAAGAUCCCCCACAAAGGACAGUGCUAGGGGUGCUAACCGAGAAUGGGCAGUACAGGAAGACCUGUGGCCAGGAGAUCACAGCAAUCAGGUGUUUUUCUGGAUCAGAAAAUGUCUUCCCUCCAGCUGGAAAGAAAAUGCUCUCUGAUUGUGGGGUCCUGGAGCCAGCCAAGCAUGGAUUUGAUAUCUACAUGGACGAGCCUGAGCAGGGGGACAGAGACAGCUGCUCAGGAAGAGAGGGGAUGGCAUUUGAGGAUGUGUAUGAAGUAGAUACCAGCACACUCAAGUCAGACCUUCACUUCCUGCUGGAUUUUAAUACAGUUUCCCCUAUGCUGGUAGAUUCAUCUCUCCAUUUCCAGUCUGAAGAAGCGUCAGAUUUGGGCACAGAUGUGAUAAAUGUGACCGAAUAUGCUGAAGAAAUUCAUCAGUACCUUAGAGAAGCUGAAAUAAGAUACAGACCCAAAGCACACUACAUGAGGAAACAGCCAGACAUCACAGAAAGCAUGCGUACAAUUCUGGUGGAUUGGCUGGUGGAGGUUGGCGAAGAAUAUAAGCUUCGAUCAGAAACUCUGUACCUGGCUGUCAACUUCCUGGACAGGUUUCUUUCCUGCAUGUCUGUUCUGAGAGGGAAAUUGCAGCUUGUAGGGACAGCAGCUAUUUUUCUGGCUUCGAAAUAUGAAGAGAUAUAUCCACCUGAAGUAGAUGAGUUUGUCUAUAUAACUGAUGACACAUACACAAAACGGCAACUAUUAAGGAUGGAACACCUGCUCCUGAAAGUCCUAGCUUUUGAUCUGACAGUUCCAACCACCAACCAAUUUCUCCUUCAGUACUUAAGGCGUCAAGGAGUGUGUGUCAGAACUGAGAACCUGGCCAAGUAUGUAGCAGAACUGAGUCUACUUGAAGCUGAUCCAUUCUUGAAAUAUCUUCCUUCAUUGAUAGCUGCUGCAGCUUACUGCCUGGCAAACUAUAUUGUGAACAGGCACUUCUGGCCAGAAACCCUUGCUGCAUUUACAGGCUACUCAUUAAGUGAAAUUGUGCCUUGCCUGAGUGAGCUACACAAAGCAUGCCUUGACAUACCCCAUCGACCUCAGCAAGCAAUUAGGGAGAAGUAUAAGGCUUCAAAGUACCUGCAUGUGUCCCUCAUGGAACCACCUGCAGUUCUUCCUCUGCAAUAAGUGCCAGAACUGGAGCACUUCCAGAACCCAACCACCAUAUCAACAGGAUUGCUCUUAGUUUCCAUAAGUUUCUUAAAGUUUGGCCAACUAAUGUCAAUAUAAAUGACUUUAAAAAUAUGUAAAUGUAUUAGGUUCUAUUAGACUUUAGUAGUUAUAAUUUAGUCUAGCAUUUUUGAAGAAUAAACUACUUACUUUAUGACCAUGUGUUAGGCUUAUUACUAGUUAGCAUGGCUGACAGACUUGCCUGGAAUUUUAGUUGAUAAUAUUACAAAUGUCAUCACUAUUUCAAGCAUUCUCCUAAAUUGGUUUUAUAAAUGAGGCAUGCUAUUCAGAUUCAGUGUUGAGGCAUGCAGGGAUAUUCAUGCUUGGUAAAUGGCUUGUUGUUUCCUAUUUCUUUACUCUCCCCAAGUAUCUCUGUAGAUUGACAAAGAAGGGAAAGGCUAGCUCAGGCAAAAUGGUGAAGAGACACCAACAAGCACUUCUACUCCUGCUUCUUCCAUAGUUUAAAUCAGUGGGCUGAGGCCUAAAUGUGUUCAAAUAUAUUUGGUGGUGACUUACAUUUCAUUCUAAUCCAGGAAUGGUAUGCUCAUUUGUAAAAGGAUGCCAUCAUGUCUGUAUUCAGGUUGGAUUUAGGAACUCUUCAUCAUGUUUUUUUAGUUUUAGAAGAUGUCUUCUGGGGUAGAAAGAGCAAACUUCAUCAUGAGACUUGAGACUAAUGAAUCCAACCCCCUUUACAUAUGUCCUUUGAGAGAUACCCACCCUAAGCUUUGCUGUUGCUUAAAUUAUUCAUAAUUCUGUAUUUUACUUUCUUACACAUUCAUAUUUGGCACUUUUCAACAGCACUAUGUAGGAUACAAGAUAGAAAAAAUUGAAAGCAAAACAUUUGUUUUGACUUUUAUUUUAAAGAUUGAAAGGAAAAAUGAGAGUAGAUUUGUUCUUAAAUGUGAAUUAUGCUUAUUGAGUAUUAAAUGUGUGCUUUGUGUUUGUGUUUUUGUUAAGCACAAAAUUGGUGGUUCUGGGCUAGUAGGUCUUAAUGGCUCACGAACCUUCUGUGCUGUGUGCUUGUCCUCUGGGGAGAGGCCUCUGUUUGUGGACCUGCCCCCAGGCUCAGUCUGAAUGACUCUGGAGGCGAAAAGAAGGAAAUAUGUUUUCUGGAUUCCCUUCACAUAGGAAAGAUUAGAUUUGGGUAUAUUUUGGAAAAAUGAGAGUAGAUGAAAUUCACUCCAUGUUUUACACUUUUUUCAAGCUCUAAUGGAAUUAUGAAUAUAAAAAUAUAGACAUAUUUUACAUAUUUUGUGAAUAAUUUUUUUAUAUUUGAAAGUACUCCCACACUCUUAAAAGGUUUUAGCAUUGCUCCCUCCUUUUCCCCUGCAGAUAAACAUUCUCAAGUUGUCUCCAUUUGAAGAAAUCAACAUUUUCUUAAGUAUUUUUAUAUUUAUAACAUAUGUGUCAUAAGGGAACAUAGGUCCUAUAUCAAUAUUGAAUUCUCUAUGUUUAUGUUAUAUAAUGAACAAUUGGCAAUGUCACCUGGUUUAUGUCUGAGUGAUAUAAACUGCAUAUAUAUGCUGAACUUUCCAGCAGUCCUGCAAAUGACAGUGCAAUCCCUUCUCAGUGGGGCAGGUGGCUGAUUUUGGUCACAGAAGUGCUGUAUUUGCCCCUUUCAAGCCUUAAAGAUUUGAGCAACUCAGCCGGGGAAGCUUCCUGUCAUUCUCUGUUUAUGUUGGCUGAUCACUUACUUUCCUAUGAUAUGUGUGUCUAUCUCAGGCUGGAACCUGACACAAUAACAAGAACAUUUGGACCCAGUUUAGAACCAGACACAGUAAUAUUUUCUUUUUUUUUUUUACUAGUAAGAUUAUGAUUUUAGAAUGCUUUACUUAAGCUAGAAGGGACUUUGUAGAAAUAGAUCAUCCAUUAAAAAUCACUUUGCAGAGGAUGUUUUUGUUUCCAAAUCUGGAUCCAAAAUAUACCAUGAAACCACACUAUAGGACUUAGAGGUCUGCACACAUACCUUACGUUACUUGCUAUUGGCAAUUUGCACAUACCCUAUUCCCACACCCCCAACACAAAUACCCACUGACUGCAAAGAACUAGACCUCAGCUUUGACCUUUUUUAUUAUUUUAUUGCCUCCCUGAAAUACAUUAUUUGAAAACAGAAAUAUAACUUUCCCCUGUGUAUCUCUUGCCAAAUUUGAAAGUGAAUAUCAGCCAUCUGCAUGCCCAUCCUUUGAUUUGUUCUUCUUUCCUAAAUUUUGUGUUGAUGAAGUCCAUUCACUGUUUUUAUGAAUAUGUGUCUAUAAACAAUGCUUAUUUUUAACGUUUAAUGGUCAUUGAUAGUCUCUUGUACCCUUCUGUGUUACAUAUCUGAAGUAGCAUUGUUUUUUGAGAUUAUCCAUAGGGAAUAAGUAGAAUCUUAGUUACUUCUACUAUUAUAAAAUAUCAUAAGAA